AAAAAACCAAAAUAGGGGCUGAGGUGGUUCACGUCAUCGUGCGAGGCCAAGUCCCCACGCGUUAGUCGUGUCUAGAUACACACUGUCUCUUUCUCUUCCCUAUCUCUAUACACACCAUCACAAAAUUCCAGGAAGACUCUUUUCCUCUGCGCCCUCUCUCUCUUCCCUUUGCUUCCCUCGCGACAUCAAACAACUUGGUUUCUGCAUUCUUCUUGCUUCUUUCCUGCUUAUUUGCUAUCAAACCAGACUAUCUACGGGAAUUCCCACAGGCUAUUUACCUGUUUUUCUCUUCGUCGUUGGAUUGGAAGCUCAAGCUAAUUGUACGAUUACUGCUUAAUCGCUGGAGAACAUACGGGAUAUCGGAAGAAAGAUAAAACAUUUCGUUUUUUUGUGGGUUGGAGAAGUUUCUUUGGUGCUACAUAAUGGGAAACUGUUUAGAUUCUUCUUCAGCUAAAGUGGAUACUACGCAACGCUCGCAUACUCCUUCUGGAGUCUCGAGAAUUUCCAGCAAAACCAGCCGUUCUUCAGUUCCUUCCACUCUGACCAUCCCAUCUUACAGUGGAAGGAGCAAUUCUGAAUGUCCUCCUACUCCAAGGACUGAAGGCGAAAUAUUGUCAUCCCCAAAUUUAAAGGCCUUCUCAUUCAAUGAACUAAAGAACGCAACCAGAAACUUUCGUCCCGACAGUCUUCUUGGUGAAGGUGGUUUUGGUUAUGUUUUUAAAGGAUGGAUUGAUGAAAACACAAUGACUGCUGUAAAGCCUGGAUCUGGAAUGGUUGUAGCUGUCAAGAAGCUUAAACCUGAAGGUUUCCAGGGCCACAAGGAGUGGUUGACUGAAGUUAAUUAUCUUGGCCAACUUCAUCAUCCAAAUCUGGUCAAACUGAUUGGUUACUGCUUGGAGGGUGAGAACCGGCUUUUGGUCUAUGAGUUUAUGCCAAAAGGAAGCUUAGAGAAUCAUCUGUUCAGAAGAGGGCCGCAGCCACUACCAUGGGCAGUGCGAAUAAAGGUGGCCAUAGGUGCUGCCAGAGGGCUGUCUUUCCUUCAUGAUGCGAAAUCCCAAGUCAUAUACCGUGAUUUUAAGGCUUCUAAUAUUCUACUUGAUGCGGAAUUCAAUGCAAAACUUUCCGAUUUUGGUUUGGCCAAGGCAGGCCCCACUGGCGAUAGGACUCAUGUGUCCACUCAAGUCAUAGGUACUCAUGGCUAUGCAGCACCUGAAUAUGUUGCUACAGGUAGGUUGACUGCCAAGAGUGAUGUAUACAGCUUUGGGGUUGUAUUGCUUGAACUACUGUCUGGAAGAUGUGCUGUUGAUAAAACCAAGGUUGGUGUGGAGCAGAAUCUGGUAGACUGGGCAAAACCCUAUCUUGGUGACAAGAGAAGAUUAUUCCGGAUAAUGGACACCAAGUUGGGUGGGCAGUAUCCUCAGAAAGGAGCAUAUAUGGCUGCCAACCUAGCUUUACAGUGUCUAAGCACGGAAGCCAAAGUUAGGCCUCGAAUGUCAGAGGUGUUAACGACAUUGGAGCAAAUUGAUUCCCCCAAAACUGUAGCGACACAUUCUCAACCACAACUUCAGAUACCCUCCCAGAAAUCCCCAAUGAGACAUCAUCAUUCUCCUCUUAAUCUAACACCAAGUGCAUCCCCAUUGGUGUCCCACCGGCAAUCUCCACGAGUACGCUGACUGGAACAUGUCUGUAAAUUUCACACACUAAUUCACUUGCAUGUUUUCUUGAUGUAAACAAAUUUGGGCGUGUAUCUUGCCGCAAUUUUGACUCCAACUAAAUCAGAUUAUCCCCACCUGUGCUUGUGGAGGUAUAUGUAGCUUUGUUUUUCGGGUAAUCUGCAUUCCAGUUAUGUAAUUAUAUAUCCAGUGUCAAAUAGCCUUUUUGCUUGA